CGGGGUUUGUAAUGCCACGUUGCUUGGAUUGAGAUUCUGAGUUUGGGCUGGGCUCACAGGGAAAGCGACUGUAUUGUGGAAGGAGGGCGGGAGCGGAGAAUCUCACGGCUCAAAGAGGUUUUUGAAUAAACAGAAAAGCCAGCUGCAACCAUGUUAACGGAUAGCAUAGUGGAGGAGUUUGAAAUUAAAGAAGAUGAGCUGUGGUGCGACCAGCAGGACUUGGAACAUGAUUUGCACCUAGCAGCUGAGCUUGGCAAAACAUUGCUGGAUAGGAAUACUGAACUGGAAAGUGCCUUGCAGCAGAUGUACACAACCAAUCAAGAGCAGCUGCAAGAAAUUGAGUAUCUUUCAAAACAAAUUGAGCUCCUGCGCCAAAUGAAUGAGCAGCAUGCAAAGGUUUAUGAACAGCUGGAUACAACCGCACGAGAGCUGGAAGCAGCCAAUCAGAAGCUGGUUGCAGAGAGCAAAACAUCACAACAAAAGCUUGCAAGUAUGACUGAUAUGAUAGAAUCUCUGCAGACUCAUGUGGAAGAUCUUCAGCGACAAGUGGAAGAGAUGAAGAAGUCUGAACGAAGUUCACUGAGAGAGACCUUUGAGUCGCAUGCAGCAUUGCACAGAUUUUCAUCCCUGAAGGAACUCUAUGACCUUCGCAAGCAUUUUGUUUAUGAUCAUAUUUUUGCUGAAAGGAUUACGUCUGUUGGGGACCGUCUUGAUCCUGCAGAAGAGGAAAAUGACAGGCUGAAGAAGACUUUGUCCAUGCUGCAAACUCAGCUCCGCGUAGAGAAGGAACGAAGAGAAACAACUGAACAGGAGUAUAUGCUGAUUGUAGAAGAGAACACGGAGCUUGAGCGUAAAGUGGCUAACUUGGAUUCUUGUAAGGCCCACAUAAAGGAACUAGAAGCACAGGUGUCUGAAAUGCAACAAAUAUGCCAGUCUGAUGGUGGUUUUGAAAACAAGCUCGACAGACUUGUUCCCGAGUCUAUUUUAAUUGCAUUUAAAGACCCUGCUGACACCACCACUGAGGAACUGACUAUAAUGGUAUCAGAGUCUGAAAGACAGCUUCUUAAGCGAAGAAAUAGUGAGACAGUCAUCAACACUGCCUCUGCUGAGGAAAUCCUGAAUGGUCAUGAACAAACCUGUAUUAGGCGAGCUGAAGCUGUGAAACAGAGGGGCAUCUCCUUGUUAAAUGAAGUUGAUAACCAGUACAGUGCACUGCAGGUGAAAUAUGAAGAACUACUAAGAAAAUGCCAACUGAGUGAUGAUUUUCUGAAGCACAAGGCUGUACAAACCUCAAAACGACAUUCCAAGGAUCAUCAUCCUAGAAAGUCUUCUCGCCUCCACGACAUUCCUAGUAACAGCAGCCAAGGUUUAAAGGACUGUGUAUCCCAGAUAUCUGCACUGGAACUGGAUUCGGUGGAUGAGCACCAGCCAGAAUAUAAAGUCCUUUUUAAGGAAAUUUUCCACUGCCUCAGGAAGUCGAAGGAAGAAAUAAAUGAACACAGAGCAAAGUAUAAAUCAUUCCUAUCCCCGUCUUUGUGAAAAAGCAAAAAUUACUGUGUUGCAAUAUUAAUGUAGCCUUGUUCUCCCCUGCUUUUUGUACUCCUCAGGGACAGUGUUCCAGGAGGUAAUGAGAGAAUUUUUUCCCCUCUAAAGUUUUUAAGUCUCUCUCUAUUGGCACUUUCAUAAAGUGCUUUAAUGGGGGUUGCUGUGAACUGAGGAAAAAAGUCUAAAAUGACGCUAAGCACUUUUUUGUAACUUUAAUAUGAUUGCAAUAUAAAAACCACUGUGUACCUCACUGAAAUGGCACCAAGUAAUAUUUUGUUGUCGGAUGGAUAUUUGCAGUGGGGGGUACCUGUUGGUAUCUCUCUGUAUUAAUAAUAAGCAGCUGCCUUUGGAAUUGCCUCUUGAGGCUUUCAUUUACAUGUUUGUAUCUAGCAUUAAAACAGACCUGCUAUUUAGUAAGUAUUACGGUGCAGCAACUCAGCUGAGUUAAAUUCAUUUGAGUUGUUAGUGGCUGGCAACUACAUUGGCAUUCUUGCUCAUCAGGUUGGUGUAGUGUAAAGACAACUUAAGUUUUAGUGUGUGUUGCUUGCAACAAAAGGUAACAGGGCAUCGGGUAGGUAGAGAGAAUCUUGAAGUGUGUUCUAAUGGAGUAGUGUAAAAGCAGUCUCAAAUACUGAGGAAAUUCUUUUUUGAGUUGAUACAAUUUCAGUUGGUAUUGCUGCCAUGUUCUGCAAAAAUAGAUUCAAAAAUCAUUUUGCUCAGACUGAAAAGGAAUGCCUUUUGCUGAUGAACUUGUGUCUCUGCUUUGUUCUAAUUUUAAUGAUGCCAUUCGGGUAUUUCAGAAAUGCCAGGUACUAGCAAUCCAGCUACAUUAGGAAUGGGGCUCUGUUUCAUAAGUGUCAAGGAGGUGUCCUGUGAGACUGCAUUUUGAUUCCCCAGUCUCGCUGCAGAGGUCAUUUACAGACCUGAUUCAGACCUGCAGCCAGUCUGCAGAGGUCAUUUACAGACCUGAUUCAGACCUGCAGCCAGUCUGCAGAGGUCAUUUACAGACCUGAUUCAGACCUGUAGCCAGUCACAUUGGCUCCUUGCAGAUACUAUUAUGACAUGCAUAUACACAUGUUUUGUGCAUUUAUAUAUUAUUGUACUGUUUAAGUAUAUGGAAAGUGAAGGAGGGGAGAAUUACCUAGGCUGAAAUGAGAGAACUUUGUCCAUCUUCCCUCGCAGAUGUUUUCAGAAAACGUAUCCUGUAGCUGUUAAAUGCCUACUUUUUUGCCCAAUCUGUUCCAUUGGCUGACCACAAUUAGUAUUGGGUUCUUCUAAGGGUCAUAAUCUGUGCAGUCCUUCCCCUGAUAUUUCUGCAGGUAGAUAUGGUAAGGCAAGUUUGCUUGUCUUCCUUUUGAAAUUGUCACAGAGCUGGAAUUCCACAACAGAGAAAUGGUAUGAGAUUGCUUGUGUUAUGGUAAAUCCGGCUUUAUAUGUGGCAUAAUGUUUUGAUACACAGUUAGGUUGGUGAUCAGAGUGUGGCCCAGGGUUUUUGUAGGUUAUGAAGUUAUGCCAAAAGUCUGAAGUAGCCAUUUCAUGUUGGCAACUUAGUUAGAUGUCUGCAUGUUUCAAAAGAUUUGUUUGCAGGCCACAGACUUCCCCAGAGAAAGCUGAAGCAUAAAUUGGGAAUUGUGUGCGUGUGUUUUUAUAGCUGUUUGAGUGCAUAAUAGUUAAAAGCAAUCCUGCAUUUGAAUAAAACCUAAAGACAGGACAGCAUUUUGUCCAAAGCAAAUUGAUGGGGGUAAGUAGUGUGAGGGUCCCCCUCCCAACAAACUCCUGGUGGAAUUACCUUCGCUUGAAAUAAUGGGUGAUUUGAUCUAGGUUAAGAGAGAUUAAAAAAGGGAUAUUGUGGUCCAUCAUUGCUUGACUAUAACUGUGGGUGAAUAAAUGCCAAAGAUGGUAAGUUAGAGACCUUUUGCUUUUUCUUGCUCCAUUCCCUAGCAGAAUGUCAUUGCAGUAGAUCUUUGUGCAUCCGAGUCUAGGCAUAGGAGGUAGCCUAAAGUUCCUCCCUUCCAAAAUAAAGGAAGAAUGAAAGCCCAGAUGCAACUGCGUAAGGGCUGUAACCUUAAUGAAUAAUCAUUGUGGUUUUGUAUUCUUCUGAUUCUCAUUACAAUGCAACUGCCUCUUUCAUAUGUGUUUGUCAUUUUUGGCCAGUACUGUUUACACUGGUCCUAUUGAUGUAGGUUUAGCCGUUUACUUACUCAAAAUUUGGCGACGUGCUGACUGAUCUUUGGUGUGUAUGGGGUCUGAUUUCAGUCUGACACAAAGCAUGGCUUUCCUUCAUGAAUGAGCAGUGCAUAGUCUGCAGCAGGAAAGAAGACUCUUGUAGCCAGGGUGUUUAAGUUAGGGUCUUUCUAUAAAGUCUACAUCUGCAUAAUGCAUGCAAACAUACAUGUGAAACCAACUUGGAUUAAUUUCCAAGCUUGCUACAAUUAGUAGUCUAUUUUUGAGCACCUGGUAUUCGUAUGUAAGCAGUAGAUUAUGUCCACCUUGCAUGUUGAUUUCUAGUGGCUAUCUUUUCCCUGUCUCAGUAGUCACUGCUGAAUGCCCAUCCCCAGGGUGGUGGGUCAUGCAUAUCAAACCACAUUAGUGGAAGGUGGUCAAAGAACCACCUUGAUGGUAUAGAAUGAUAAAGGCUUGACAGUAGUCCAGCUGGGCCCGGUUUGAUUAGUGGUUCAGGCACCUUCUGGUACUGGCAGGGAAGAAUUGGGGAUACUCUUCCUGGGGGAGAGGAAGCUGGAGUCAGCUUUUUGCAACUGCAAGUCAUUGGAGGAAGGGAGCAGUGUGUGCACAGUGUGAGUUGCAGCAAACUGUCGUUUGGUGGUAGCCUUUUAUUGAGCAAGUGCAUCAAAGUGUGUACUGAGUAGUGGUCCAAAAACUAAUGUGGGUAGUAUACACCCACCUACCCACCAAUAAGAGGAGUUGGGUCAUAUAGAAACUUUCAUAACAAGGAUGCCAGUGGGGGCACAAACACCUGUCAUGGCUACUUGGACUGCUCCAUCUGGACGCCUCUCUCACACACCUGGAUCUCAGGAUGACUGUUCCACAUGGAAAUGGGAUUAAGUCUGUUAAGGGAAGGCAAAAUUCUCAAAGGUCCAGAAUGAAAAAGACAAAAGCUGUGUUUCAGUCAUUUUAUAGCCAAGGGCAGUCUUAUGGCACUUAAAAUUUUUACUUUUAGGUUUGGAGGUAUGGAUCAGACCAGGUUUCCCCACAGUAAAGGGGUGCAUGAAGUCCCCUAUUCUUUGUGCGGAAAGUAAUCCAAGCUUACCUCAGUAUUCUCUGUCGGGGCAUGUGCUAAAGGCAGGUGAUGUUCAUUUGGACUGCCAUCCGUCAUGGACAGAUGGUCUUACCACCUUUAGAUACUCUGAUCAGAAGUAGAAUUGUUUGGCAAGUGCUUUUUCUGAAACCAGAGCAAAUUUGCCAGAUUAGUUUUGCAGGCCCCAGUAAUGAGCUCAGCCUGGUGGUGCUCUCUGGCAAAAUCAAAGCAAUCUGGAAACCACAUGGCUAUCCUGGUUUUCAUGUGCCCAGAGCAGCAAAUGGCUAUAAUAGUGCCUUUUUCAGUUGUAAAAGAGAACAGGUGCUCUGUACUGAAACAAUGAAAUGUGUCUUCUACUCCUGCAACAAGUCAAAUUAUUAUGUGCCAUUAAAAUAGAUAUUUUCACCAUCUGUUGUAUUGCAAACAUGCUAGUAAAUUGAAUUUAAUUCUGAAGAUGUUGCACAAAUUUGUGCUGUGCACAGAUUACUUUUCCAUCUGGUGUAGCACAGCCACAUGUAUUAUGAUGACUUACUACACACACACACACACACACACACACACACACACACACACACACACACACACACACACACACACACACACUUCGGGUAAUGGUCAGCAAUCUGACCUGGUACUGUAAGAAGGGGGUCUGUCGCUUCCACUGUGUAAUAUUACUUGGUCAUAAUCUUUGGAGGAAGUGUAAUUUCUGGAAGAUAGCCAGGUUGUCUUCUGUUAGGAUGAAGAGUAUAUAUCAUUUAACACUGGGGAAUGAGACUUGGGAGUCCCUUUUUAUUGUAGUGUGAUAACAGGUUAUUGCUAGUGCUAGUUUUUUUUGAAUUUGCACAGUAUUAGCAUUCGGUCUACACAUGAAUGCUUUUCCUCUCUGGUUUAGAAAUAGAACUAAAUUACCUUGUUGCUUACUUGCAGUACUUUUAAUUUUCUGUUGUCCUAGACAAUGGCAUGUUGGUAGUUUCAUCAUUUAGAAACUACCUCUUGUGGCCAGCUAUGUGACAGAGUGGCAAUAUGUUAGAAAAUCCUCCUGAAAUUGAAGACUUGGAAGGCAUUGUAUAUUUUAAAUUUUGACUUGGGCUACUACCCUUUGUAGCCUUUAUUUUUGACUGUGGAAGUGCAAGUAAUAAAAGCUAGUGAACGUUAAUAGGAAGACUCUCAUAGUUACAUAUGGAAAGUAGUAAAAAAGUUGUUGGCCAAAUGGAUCAGAGAAAAUUUGUUUUAGAAGGGGUAAAGAAACUGAACAGAAAGUGUAUUGUUUUUCUUGGAACAUGAAAUUUACUAAAGGCCACUUUGGAGUUGGUGAUUAUUUUUGUUUGUUAGCACACUAAUAAAAUAAGGGUCAUCUUGCUAAGCAGUCUUUGUAAAAUGUACAAGUGAAUCUCUAUUGAAGUGCUGCCUUCACUAUUUAUUGCCUAUGCAACAUGUAACAAGCAUCUUUUUUAUGUCUUUUAUAAUAGGUUUUCUGCAAGUGUAAGCCUUGGUACAUAAUAGUAUUACAUUUUUCCCAAACUGGGAAACCUGUAAUGACAAUAUCAUACUCCCCCAGGCUGCAUCAUUCUGUUUGCUGAUGUUGCAGAUUGUGUCCUAGUAAUUGUGUGAAUAUGGUGCUAAUAGACUGUAAAAUUUAAAUGCAAGGUCCCUGUGAAGAAAAACAAAUGCCAAGAAGUCUCUCUCUGCAGUUAAUAUCUUCAGUGGAGGGGAGGGGGCAGUGGUGUCUUAAGCAUUCAUGUUUGUAAAAAUUAAAAAAUAUUAUUAUAUUUAUACAUAAGCCAUGCAUUUAUUAUAGAAGUUGAAUGCUUUAAUGUAUCUAAUUUCUAAACACCUUAUGUUGUGCAUCCACCAAAGUAAAGCUAUUUAUAUACAGUUAUCAGUAUUGCAUUUUUCUGGGACUUAACUUUAUUAAAGAAUGAACUGUACAACCACAUGGUGGUGAGCUUUUA